UGUGAAGCAACUGAGAUGAAGUUCAAUGGGGCUUUCUCCCAGAUAAACAGGUGUACUAUUGCUGCAUUGAGCCAUUUCUUUCUCUUUGUGCUUCUCCUACUCCAUCCAAAGCUGUUGGGGAUGUUUUCACCUUCCAGAUGUUCCAGACAAACUCACAGGAGCCACAUCUAGAAUGGCUUUUGGUAAACAGUGAUUAGAGUUGCUGGAAGGUGAUACUGCUGUCAGAUUUUCUAUUCAGGACACGAUUAUGGAGUCUUUCAUUGGGACUUUCACAUGGAACUAACCAGAGGUAGGAUCAUGGCUGUUCUAGUAUGUUUUAGCAGCUUACCUCUGGAUACCUCUCAGUAUAUGACAUUGCGCUGGUUUACGGUUCCCAUGCUUUGUAGAGUGUUAACUGGACUAUGGUGCAUAGCUCUUGGGAUGGUCACUCCACCUUUCCCAAUAUGCUGCAUGGUCUUUAACAUUGGUCUGGUGGGACCGUGGUCUUGUGACCCUUUCCUUGCCAAGGCCUUCCCCCAAGUGGCAGCUAAAUUAGCUAUGGAAAGAAUAAGGAAGGACCCUUCCAUUAACUAUGGCCAUCAACUGGACUGCACAUUAUGUGAUGAAGACUGCCAAACUAGCAAAGCCCUAGCUGGAUUCACCAUGUAUGACAAGCACAUCUCAGCAUUUAUUGGGCCACUGAACCCUGGCUACUGUGGCACAGCCUCUUUGCUUGGGAGAGGCUGGAAUAAAGCUAUUUUCUCCUGGGCAUGUAUAAGCGAAGAACUGGACAACCCAAGUCAGCAUCCUACCUUUGUAAGGACAUUGCCAUCUUCGACUGGCAUCCUUCUAGCUGUGUUGAAACAUUUCAGAUGGGCUCACAUUGGCAUUGUCUUUUCCAAAGAGGACCUCUGGGUUGACACAGCCAACAAGCUAGCCAUUGCUCUGAGAAACUGGGGGCUGCCGGUAAGUGUUGUUACGUCAACAGGGAAAGGUGAUGACAGCAUCGAAGGAACUUGGGAAAAGAUCCAGGCUGCUGGAAACAUCAAAGUUCUCAUCCUCUGCAUGCAUUCUGCCCUUAUUGGAGGUGAAGACCAAGCUGCCUUCCUAACCAAAACUCAGGAAAUGGGGCUAGCAGAUGGGAGAUAUGUCUUUGUCCCAUACGACACUCUCUUCUACAGCCUUCCAUACGAAAACCAUUCGUACUUUAUUCUUGAAAAUGACCGCACCUUCCGGGAAGCUUAUGAUGCUGUGCUGACCAUUACUUUACAAUCUGGAGACAGAAGCUUUUAUGAGGCAUUCCAAGCUGCAAAACAACGGGGUGAAAUAGCUCUAGAUCUAGAACCACAACAGGUCUCUCCGCUCUUUGGCACAAUCUAUGAUGCGAUUUACCUGGUUGCAAAAGCAUUUUCCAAGGCACGACAGUACGAAACCUCUGAAUUCGCGGGGACAACAUUGAGCCAGCAUGUCAAAAACCUUGACUUUGCCAGUUUUAGCCGCAGGGUCCAAAUGGACAGCAAAGGAAAGUCGCUGGCCAAAUAUGUUAUCCUGGACACUGAUGGCAAAGGGAAUCGCCUUCUCCCCACAUAUUUGCUAGUAACCUCUUCCGGAUUGCUCCAGCCCCUGGGAAGAGGAAUCCACUUCCCUGGAGGAAACCCCCUCCCAGCGGAUUCCAGCUGUUGGUUUGAUCCAGAUGUUCUCUGUAUAAGAGGUUCGGACCCACCGAUGGUGAUCUUGGUGUUGCUUCCUCCUCUCUCUCUGCUGCUCUUUGGUGUGUGCCUCGCAUACCUCAUCAGGCAUGGUGCCCUCUAUCACCAAGUGCUCAAAGGCUCUAAGAAGUUAUUGCUGACUCUGGAGGACCUCACUUUUGUAAAUACCAAAUUCAGCAGAAUGAGGCUAACCCUGGACACUCUCAGUGAUUCCAAGAGCAACUCGGAAGGCUGGAGUUUGAGAUCCGCGACUCAUUCCUUGUCGGUGAAAAGCACAGUUGUGACAUUCGAAACAUCCAAUGUGGCUGUGUAUGAGGGAGAUUGGGUAUGGUUGAAGAAACUGGAAUCUGGAGUAAUCAAUGACCUGAGACAGAAUACUACCUACUUACUAAGCAAGAUGAAAGAUGUACGCCAUGAGAAUAUAAACCCAUUCUUUGGCCUUUUGUCUGAUGGGGGCCUCUCUGCUGUCGUGAUGGAAUACUGCUCCAGAGGGAGCUUGGAGGAUUUGCUGCAAAAUACAGAUUUAAAGCUGGACUGGAUGUUUAAAUCGUCUCUUCUGACGGACUUGAUCAAAGGUAUGAAGUAUUUGCAUCACCAAGACAUUUGCCAUGGGCGUCUCAAGUCUCGUAACUGUGUGGUGGAUGGAAGAUUCGUGCUGAAGAUCACUGACUAUGGUUACACAGGGCUGUUGGUAGCACAAAAUGCCCUACUACGCGUUCAGCCCCCUGCAGAGGAAUUGCUCUGGACAGCACCUGAGUUACUGAGAGAUCCAGUGCUGUACCCAAAAGGCACCUUCAAAGGAGAUGUGUACAGUUUUGCCAUUAUUCUGCAAGAAGUUCUAAUUCGGGGCCCUCCUUACUGCUUGUCCGAGAUGCCAGCUCAAGAAAUUAUAUGCAAGCUGAAGAAACCACCCCCCUUGUACCGCCCCAGUGUUCCUCCAGAAGAUAACCCCCUGGAGUGCAUCCAGCUGAUGAAGCAGUGCUGGAGCGAAGGACCUGAACGCAGGCCCACAUUUGAUGAAAUCUUUGAACAGUUCAAAGCCAUCAACAAGGGCAAAAGGACCAAUAUAAUUGACUCCAUGUUGCGAAUGCUGGAACAGUACUCCAGCAACCUGGAAGAAUUAAUCCGGGACCGGACUGAGGAGCUGGAAAUUGAAAAGCAGAAGACGGAAAAACUACUGACCCAGAUGCUUCCUGGAUCUGUGGCGGAAACUCUGAAAACUGGUGGCACCAGUUGACCAGAAUAUUUUGAUGGUACAAUCUCCUUCAGUGACAUCAUUGGCUUCACGGCGAUCUCGGCCCUCAGUGAACCCAUUCAGAUUGUGGACCUUCUGAAUGACCUUUACACUCUCUUCGAUGCCAUCAUUGGCCAUCAUGAUGUUUACAAGGUAGAAACCAUUGGAGAUGCUUAUAUGGUUGCUUCAGGACUUCCAAAACGCAACGGCCAAAGACAUGCUGCUGAAAUUGCCAACAUGGCUCUGGAUAUCCUCAGCUCUGUGGGUUCAUUCAAAGUGAAACAUCUUCCAGGUGUGCCCAUCAGAAUUCGGAUGGGGCUGCACUCAGGUCCUUGUGCUGCAGGCGUGGUGGGUCUCACCAUGCCUCGAUAUUGUCUAUUUGGGGAUACGGUGAAUACGGCUUCCCGGAUCGAAUCCACUGGGCUCCCCUUUAGAAUUCACAUCAGCCAAAGCACAAUGAAAACACUCCGGAGCCUAAAUGAAGGAUAUAAAAUAGACUUCAGAGGGAAGACCGAACUGAAGGGGAAAGGCUUAGAAGAUACAUAUUGGCUGGUAGGGAAAAAAGGAUUCAUGAAGCCAUUGCCACGCCCUCCUGAAAUGAAGCCAGGACAGCCAUGGCAAGACACAAUAACCCAGGAAAUCAAGUCUGCUUUGAAAGACUCAAAAAGAAAGUUCAUCAGCAAGAACAAGCAGCAGCACUAACCAUACUGAAGACAAAUGAAUGAAGGAUGUUUCAAGAUAACCUUACAAUAAACUGUUUGUAGUGUUUGUGUGUGUAUUAAAGUCAUAUCUGAU